CUUUUGUCACCACCGUCGUCGUCACCGUUGAGUUCCUGCUACCCUGAAGCGAAGAGUUGCGGUUUUGAUAGCACAGUUUCCCCGCGUCGUCCUCAGUCAGUGUUGAAGAAGUGGCUCAAGUUACACGCGCGCGCUAUGGUGGUGACGAUUCGUCGGAACGUGCGGUUUUUUCCACUCUUGGUGAUGGUGCUGGUGGCCGGAGUUGGUCGCCGGAGUGGGCCGGAUCCGGUGUCGGCGGAUCUACUGCAGAACCUCCACAGUGGCGUCCGGAUGGCUGGGAAACUGUUUGGAAUCGACACAAUCUCGGACGUGGCCGACUUGGUGGCGAAGGGGUUUUCCCGGCAAGGGUACUUCAUGAAGCCGGAAGCCAACAACUCGAUGCAGCAACAGGCAGCCUCGAUGCUGGUCAUGGUGUGGAAGCUGCUCGGGCUGGACGGAAGCAAGCUGGGAGCACUGGUCAUGAAUGCGUUGAUUUUUGUGGCGCACGUGAUCGCCACCAAUCUGGGAACCCUGGACAAACCAUCGCCAGAGCUACCAAACCGAGAUCCCUCAAAACCCCUGGAAGAAGCACCCGCUGGUAGCAGCAUUCUCCAGUCCGAAUCCCCACUUCUCUGGCUGCUGAACAACCCACCCAAACAAUUCCGCACCUUGAUGGAAUCGGUCCGGGACGGCAACCUGACCGACUACCUCGAGGCGGACCUCGGCAAUCUGGACGAAACCGUCCCAGAGGACACCGACUGUAUCCGGCUGCUGGUGUGCAAAAUUAAACCCUUCAUUUGGAAGAUGCAAUCCGUAGUUCGGGACCGGUUGCUGAACAAGGACGGAGUGUACGAACCGCCGGAGUUGGAGAACCUCACUGGCAUCGUGUUCAAAGUUGUGCCCUCGCUGGAGGAAUUUCGAACCAACGGGGAACGCUGUGAGUCACAGUUUCGGCACUGUGACCGCCGGUUGCGAUGAGCAAAAAGUAGGCGGAAGCAUUGUGUAUUGUGUGAGGUAACCUCUGUUGGUAAAUUUUGGUUUUUAUCGCGAGUUAAAUUAGGGAAAACAAGGUUGUGAGCGCAGUGAACUUUUGACGAACUUAUUAUUGUUGGACUUCAAUGGCUUUGUAUUUAACUUUAUGUUAUCUAAGUAAUAAAUUGACUGAAA